AUGGGAAAAGAUUAUUAUGAAAUCUUAGGAGUUGAUAGAAAUGUUAAUGAAAAUGAUUUGAAAAAAGCUUAUCGAAAACUUGCAUUAAAAUGGCAUCCAGAUAGAAAUCCAAACAAUAAGGAAGAAGCAAGUGAAAAAUUUAAAGAGAUUGCAGAAGCUUAUUCAGUAUUAUCUGAUCCUAAAAAGAAAGAAAUUUAUGAUCGUUAUGGUGAAGAUGGUUUAAAGAGUGGAAUGGGAGCUAAUGGAUUUUCUAGAGAAGGAGGAUUUCCAGGAGGGACAUAUACAUUUACUAGUAAUGGUGACUUUAAUCCAUUUGAUUUAUUCAAUGAAAUGUUUGGUGGAAUGGGUGGAAUUCCAAAAGGAGGAAGAAGUAAAAGAAGUUUCAAUAUGGGAGGAAUGCCAAGAGAGUUUGGAGGAUUUAGUGGAUUUGGAAUGCCACAAGGAGGAAGAUAUACAUUUAAUACAGGAGAUGAUUCUUCUAUGAAUGAAGAUUUUGGUAAACAGAAAGGUGAAGACGUAAUUGCAAAUGUCAAUUGUACUUUAGAAGAAUUGUAUUCUGGAUGUAAGAAAACUCGUAAAAUUACAAAAAAUAUUACUCAUUCAAAUGGAACAACAACUCAAGAAUCAAAUAAUGUUGAAUUAAAUAUUUUACCAGGAUGGAAAGAUGGAACAAAAAUAAGAUUUGAAGGAUAUGGUGAUGAAUCACCAAAUGUUGAACCUGGAGAUAUUGUGUUUGUAGUUAAAACAAUACGACAUCCAUUGUUUACAAGAGAUGGAGAUAAUUUACAUUGUACAAUAACAAUUAAUUUGCUUCAAUCCUUAACUGGAUUUAAAUUAACUAUACCAUUCUUAGAUGGUUCUGAAGUAAGUAAGAAAAUAGAAAAUAUUAUUACUUCUGAUUAUGUUGAAGUAAUUAGGGGAAAAGGUAUGCCAAUAAGAAAAUCACCUGGAAAUUAUGGAGAUUUAUAUAUUCAUUUCAAGAUUCAAAAUCCUACAUAUUUAUCACAACAACAAAAAGAUGAUUUGAAAAAAGUUUUGAAAACAGUACACAAUUGGGCUUAA